AUGGAGUCUCCCAAUGCAACCCCACGCCUACGAGGCCCUACACCAGGCACCACAACCGGUCGGAAGCGAAAAGCAGAUAAUGAGCUCUCUGACAACACGCAUACUGUUCGUGGGCGCCAACGAAAGCAAGCCCUCGAGGCGAAAGGAGCUCUUUAUGCACAACUUGAUCGUGAGAAGCGCAAUGACAAUCAAGCGAUCAAUCGAGCCAAAAAGAGGCUUGUCGAUUCUACAGGAUAUCAACAAGCCACGCCUGCUGAUCAACGAGCCAUGAAAAAGAAGCUUGAAGAUGAUGUUCUACGCGAACGAUAUCAAAACAAUCGAGGCGCUCAAUGGUUUACGGAACACCAUGGCUACGAAUUAGAUCCUUCCAAUGACUGGGAAGAUGUCAUGGACAAGGAUGAUACAACUGGUGAUCGUGAUGACCUUGAAAAUUCUCCUAAAGCAGUCUCCGAAAAUCGAGCUUUGAAGGAAAUGGCCGUCGCGAAUUCAAUGCAUCCUGAUCAUCUAAUCGCUAUGGUCUCUAAACUCAAGCCGAUCUUUUUAUCGCUUCUCAAGAAAUACAUUCCCAGCUAUAUGCAUCAAAAUGUGUUUCGUGGUUUGCAUAGUGGACAACCCGUUGUCAAAAAGAGAGGAGUCAAGCCAGUCUUAUUCAUUCGUUAUCGCUACCGAGAUCGCUUCAAUGAGGCGAUCGAAAAUCAUACCAGUCAAGCCUAUAUCGAGUUUGGAGAUAAGAAUGGGGCUAUGAUAUUUCGUUUCUGGCGAGAAUUUUGGUUUAUUGUUGCUCGAGAGGCUUUGAAAAAGGAAGAAAAGACUAGAACAAAAGUCCCCGAUCUUCCUCCUUACAAAUACUAUUCAUCCCAGCAAAUCUCUAUGUUUAAAGCAUUUGUCGCAGCUGAUUCUCGCAACUGGUAUGAUCUCCCUGGCCCAGCGGAUUGGUGGCUGGACUCGUACGAUUUUGGAAAACAUGGAUGGGAUAUUGAUAUUGGCAAAGUUUCCGGCUACAAAUUAGCUUAUGAGUAUUUCAAUGAAUACUCUGCGGUCAAUAUUCCAAAGAAGUUCGAACAAAUGAGAUGGGAUCCUGCCGAAUUCUAUCUAGCAGUCUGA